CAACGGCAGCAAGUUUCUGCUAUACCACUGAUAAACUGGACAGUCCGGACAAUUUUAUACAUCAAAAUUGCCUGAGUACAUCCCUACAAUGGCCUCCACCUCAGUUGGGGAUAAACAGUUGCAGAGGAUAAUCAGAGAUCUGCAUGAUGCAGUGAUAGAGUUAAGUAAGGAACACAGGGAGUGUUGUGAACCCAUAACGGACGACUUCGCCAACCUGCACAAGUUCUUCUACAAACUAGAAUACCUGCUGCAGUUUGACCAAAAAGAGAAGACAACCUUUCUUGGCCAGAGAAAAGACUACUGGGAUUACUUCUGCGACUGCCUGAUUAAGAUCAAGGGAGCUAACGAUGGCAUCCGUUUCGUUAAGUCCAUCCCUGAGUUGAAGACAUCACUGGGGAAAGGAAGGGCUUUCAUCCGCUACUCGCUCGUUCACCAGCGUCUUGCUGACACACUGCAGCAAUGUUUUAUGAAUCUGAAGGUCACAAGUGACUGGUAUUAUGCCCGGAGUCCUUUCCUCAAGUCUCACCUCACUGGAGACAUAAUCAACAAUCUUUAUGAACUCAACCAGAUCCAAUUUGAUGUGGCAGCCAGAGGUUAUGACCUUGAUGCAGAUUGGCCAAAAUUUGCAAGGCGAACAUUAGGAUCUGGCUCCUCAGCUUACCUUUGGAAACCCCCGAGUCGCUGCUCUAGUGUGAACAGUCUGGUUAGCAGUUAUUCACACUCACAGGGUCAGGAGUUCCUUCCAGUCCCAGACUUGAGCCACAGUGGUCUUGAUGAACUGGGAGAACUGGGGGAACCUUCUUCCUGCAGCAUUGCAGAGAAUCUGCGCAUUGAGCUUGACCAGUCCGAGCUCAGACAGCAGGAGCUUUUGGUGCGGGUUCAGGAGUUAGGCAAGGAGGCUGCGGAGCUGAAAGAUAUUGUAAAACACCUUCAAGAACAGUUGUCAGCUCAGAAGUCUGCCAAUUCGACAUCUACAGCAGUCCAAAGUAACCCAGAAACAUACAGUGAAGAAAGAGUUAAUCACUAUCAAACCUGCAGGGAACCGAUAAGAAGUGAACUUCAAGAUAGACUCACAACUGCUGAGAACAAAAAUAUGGAGCUUCUUUCUAAGUUAGAUGAGGCUCUUAAAGAAAGGGGCCAACAAACUGCUAGUUACUGUGAAUCAGCCUGGAAAAUCCAGGAACUCCUGGAUAAACUCAAGUCUGCAGAGGAGGGGAGGCUGGAGGCUAACAGAGAGGCUGAGGACAGGGCGAGGCACUGUGAAUGUCUGUCGCAGCAACUAAAACUCAGGGAAGAAGAAUUGAAGAAUGCUAAGGAGAGGCUAGCUGAAGUAAAAGCUGGAGCUGAUGACGAACGGGAGGCAGCGCUCACGCGGUUAGAGGAGCUCCAGAGUGCGGUUGGUCGAAUUCAGGGGGCAUUGACUUUGAAAGAGAAAGAGACAGGGAAUUUGAGAGCACAGCUUCAGGACCUGCAGGCCUCACUGGAAUGCAGGGAAAGGCAGGCGGAGGAACUGAGAAAAAUGCUCCAGGAAGAGAGGGAGGAGGUAGAGAAGCAGUGUAGUCUCAGUAGCAGCCAGAAUGAGGAACUUGAGAGUCUGAGCUUGGAUUUAAGAAAAACGCUUAAAAGCAGAGAGAAAGAGCUAGCUGCGAGUUCAGAAAGAAUCAAACAUUUGGAGGAGCAAUUAGAUAAGCUAAACGUGGGGAAAGAAACAGUGGCCCCUCGAAUUAUUGAUGAUGAAAUAACAUCUUGCAGUCAAUCAGAGAAUACUGCAGAUGACAAAACACAGUUCAGCAGUCUAAUGGAAAUAAAUGCUAAGCUUCUCCAAACGGUUAGGAAAAGUGAGGUAAGCAUUUCCGAGCUAACUGAGAGCAGGGCUGCCCUGUUAGACCAGCUGGCUUCUUUGAAGGCGUCUGAGAAGCACUUCAGAAGCAGAGUAGAAGCUGCAAAGAUGAGUGUGGAAGACAGAGAGAAAAAGCUUUUAGAUGAAAACCUGAAAUUGGAGGAGAUGGUUCACAAGGCGUUUAUGCAAAGGGAGCAAUCUGAUGCUCAGUUAAAGAAGCUGGAGCAUGAGAAUACUGAGCUUCUCGGCAGUCAGUCCACACUGAAGAAACAGUUAGCCACAACUCAACAGGAACUGGAUUCAUUCACUACCAAAGCUGAAAAGUUAGAGAAGAACAUUAUAGCGUCGCAGAAAAGCCAAGCAGAGUUACUUGAAAAGCUCCAGGAAACCGAAGCUAAGCUAAGAGACCAGACUGUAAAAUGUGAGCUUCUCCAAGGUCGAACUGAUGAGCUAGAAAGCAGGAGUGGGGAGCUGCAUGAUGAAAAAGGAGCCGCAGAAAGCAACGAAAAAAUGCAAAAGCUUCACAGUGAGCACCAGACUUCCUCAGUGGAAUCCAAAGAGGCCCCAUUCAGGCUGGUUAUAGCUGAGGCACAACUGGAAGUCAACGUGAGAGAGGUAACCAGGCUCCAGGAAGAGGUGGUGGAGCUUAGGGCACAACUCCUGGCAGGAAAUGAGGAGAGGAUGAAAGCUCAGGCCCUGCAGGAGGUGACAGAAGCCUCCAGAGAAGACCUUCGUGUUUUAGUAGAACAACUGAAGGCCCAAGUGGAGGAACUAAACCGCCGGCAUGUGAAUGAAAUUCUUAGAUCUCGCGAGCGUGAGGAGGCUCUUAUUCGUGAGCGAGAUGGCGAGGCACAGGCUCGAGCCGGUCUUGCUGCAGAGGUGACGGCCUCUAGAGAGGAGCUUGAUAAGCUUAAGAUGCGUUACAAUGCUUUGUGUCUGGAGAACAGUGAAUCAAGGGAGGCCCUUCACAGAGCCAACACAGAGACCGCAGAACUAGGCGUGCACGUGUGCAUGCUGACCGCUGAGAACGAGGAGGCUCGGCUGCGCUGGGAGGGUCAGUCAACAAAGCUGCAGGAGCUGGAGGAGGAGGCGGCUCAGGAAGCAGGAAGGCUGAAUGCCUGCAUGGAGCAGCUGCGCAAGGAGAACCAGGAGCUCCACAGUCAGCUCUCAAACACUGAGAAUUUGAUGGCAUCCAAGGAGAAACUGGAGAAACAGUUGAGGGAGGCCCAACAGGAAGUCGAAGCUGUGCGGGAGAUGAACCAGGAAGAGAAUCAACAACUGCAGUUGCAGCUCAGCAGUGAAGCUGUGAGCCAUGAAAGCCAGCUCCAGAGCACGAUUCAAGAGUUAGAGGAUGUUAAAUUGCAGCUCCAGACUGAGCAUGAGAAGGUAGUUGCCCUGGAGAACAACCUCAAGGGGCUAGAGGCUGAGAAUCAGAGAUACUGCCAACAGAUUGAGGAGACAAACAUCCAGAUGGCCGAGUCUGAAAACCUCAUCCAGCAGAAAGAAGACGAGAUAAUCCAUCUGAAAGGGAAUUUAUCAAGAUCUGAGGAGGCGUUAGCAGUUGCUCAGCGGGCCUGUCAGGAGAUGGCUGAAAACCUACGGAGAGUCACACAGGACAAACAAAGCUUUGAUGUGAAAAUGGCUGCUGAACUGGAUGAUCUUUACCGUACCAAAAUCAAUUUGGAAGAAAGGCUUGUGGAGCUCAUCAGGGAGAAAGAUGCCCUUUGGCAGAAGUCAGACGCUCUGGAGUUUGAGCAGAAGCUGCGGGAUGAGGAGUCGGAGAGGGACGUUAACUACUGUCUGGGCUGCCACACUCAGUUCAGCUGGUGGUUCCGCAAGUACAGCUGCAGGCUGUGUGGUCGUCCUUUCUGCUACUACUGUUGCAGCAACACGGUGAGCACCCAGCAGGGUGGCAACAGAGAGCGCUGCUGUAAGGACUGUUACAACCAGCACAGUGCAGUAGUUGAGCGCCACCCGCAGGAAGAAGUGACUCACAGCACACCGGGAACACCAUUUAGGCGCUUUCUGCAGGCUGGCCUGGCUGUAAGCGGUGUUUCAGGAGCAGGUGGAGAUGAGAAACUGGACGAUGGUGUUUUUGACAUUAUCACAGAUGAAGAAGUGAUUGGGGUGUACGACAGUGAAUCCCUGUCUUUUGUCCCCGCUUGCUCGCCUGGACAUGGACAGCAGGGGGCAGCACAACUAAACAGCAGUGCCAGUGCGGGAGACGUCACAUCAGAGGAUACUGACGACCUCAGCGCUGCGGUACAGGACGCAGAGAUCUGCCUGCUGAAAUCUGGAGAACUGACGUUCUCUGUGCACUUCACGGUGGAUGACAUCGCAGCGUUUGGCGACAGCCCCCGAGAACUCUUCAUCAAAUCCAGCUGUUACAGCACCAUCCCCAUCACCAUGAGCAACCGUGGUCCUACCGUGUCCUGGACCUUCACAUCUGAACCAAAGAGCAUCUCCUUCAGUGUGGUCUACAGGGAGAGCACUGAGACUCCACUGGAACAAGCCAAGGUUUUGAUCCCUCUGACCCGUUGUAACUCCCACAAGGAGACAAUACAGGGGGAACUAAAAGUCAGAAAUCCUGGAGAAUACACACUUAUCUUUGACAAUUCCUUCUCCAGGUUCAUCUCUAAGAAAGUGCUGUAUCAUCUGAGUCUAGACAAGCCUGUGGUCUACGAUGGAACCGACCUCCUCUGAGUGUGGCAGGAGCAGCAUGAGGAUGUGUAACACUGACUUUUUCAAACUGUCAAGGCUGUUUAAGUGCAUAGGUAUCACUUCAGAGUCUUCUGAUGCUGAGCAGCCACAGCGGAAAGGUCACAGCAUUAAAACACAUAAGUAAAUAACAAUAUUACACUACGGUAUGUCAGCAUGCACUUUUAUGAAAGCUAGUUUAAAUAUACAUAAGGAAGGAUAUCCAAAGUUCAGGCGCUUUCGUAUUUGAAUGUGACCGCUUAAUGUGUGUGUCAGUUAAAAUCUUCUUUUCAUAGUAUGAGAAAUUUUAUGUUUUGAUAUCCAAAAGUAUCAAAAUCAAACAAAAAGG